GCCUCCAGCCAAGUGAGUAGACGCAUUUUUCAUUCCCAGCCCCUCUACCAUGUUCCUGAACCCCGUCGGCCUGCGGGACGGACCGACAAGUGGCACCCAACAUCGGGACAGGAGUACGAGGGAUCCUCUGAGGGACCGAUCAAUCAGUAAGGGUGACUCCUCUCCCACAGCGCCUCGCCAACUUACCCCUGAGGCCCGCACAGCCAUUCAACAGGUCGUUAUUAUGCCUGUCAAUGUAUCUGAGUCUACUUCUCCGGUAAUCAUCCGAAAUCAACAAGCAGGUCCGGCAUUGGUUGUUGGCGCCUUGAUCUCCGUCUUCUCGACGCUGGCAGCUGCGGCCGCGGUGGUCGGUGGCCUAGAUCUAUCCAACUCCGUACUCAAUGCAGAUAUCAUCAACCUUCUCUCAGAAAGAGCCUCCAGCGCCUUUCUCACACAAAAUUCCAUCAACAACCAUCUCGCAGUAGGACUACUCCAGUUGAAUCAACAAGUUUCCUUAAUACAGGAAGAAAUCGACUUAUUGCCUUUAACUGCUCAUAUCCCCUGUAUGCCUACCUAUGCCUUCACCUGCGUUACCCCUGCUGUUGUAUCCAACUACUCCUCUCAAGUUCAUUCCCUUAAUGACUACCUGCGCGGCCCAUGGAACCAAACCUUUCUCAAUUUUACUGUCCAAUUGGCUAAUCAAAUUCUCACUAUUAAUAAUACUCGGGCUUCCAUAUAUAAUCCCGAUGAAGCCCUCUCCUGGCUCUCCAAAGCUUGGGGAUUGGUCAAAUCCUUAGGUGGAGCGGUCUCACUCCUCAGUCUAAUUUUCCUCUGUUUAAGGGUCAUUUUUGUCAUCUUGUGGCAUCAAUGGAAUAGACGCAAAAACUUACGAGUAGCACUUACAUGUGCGCUAUUCCCCAUUACAAUCUUCUCAGGACCCCAAUGUCUGGAUAAGUAUUGCCCUAGACCACUUGUAGGCCAAUGA